UCAUCCAUUCAACUCCUGUAGUCAGCAAAACAGCCCGGCAGAGUCCGCGGCAACCGUGUGCCUGAACGAAAGCAGGGCAGCCAGCGCCACUGCAGCAGCGCUAAAUCUAGGUCUGUCAACACUGCGAGAGAGAGAGAGAGAGAGAGAGGCGGAGAGAGACAGAGAGAGGGAGGUAAAGAGAGACAGAGAGAGAGAGAGACAGAGAGAGGGAGGUAAAGAGAGACAGAGAGAGGGAGAGUGAGAGAGAGGGAAAGAGAGACAGAGAGAGUGAGAGAGCAACAAACAGAGAGAAGGGAGAGCUCGGGAACGAUAGGACGAACAAACAAAAAAAAUUAUCAUUUCAAUAGCUCACAGUAAUGGAGACCCAAAGAGGGUAUCAAGCUCUGGAUCAAACUUAAAAAGACCAUAAAAAGCACCAUCGCUGCGUCGAGAGUGCUCGGAUCCCCCAGCGAGGAGAAAACAACGGCAGGGGGGAAGGAGCCGGAGGAGGAGAAGGCAAAGUGCCGUACGAAAAGAAGGAGCUUGUUUGCUCACAGGAAAGAGUCGGUGAAGAGCAGGUCUAGCAAAGGGGCCAAGAAGGGCAGCCCCACCAGCUCCAAGCUGCCCCCCGUCUGCUAUGAGAUCAUCACCCUGAAGACCAAGAAGAAGAAGAAGAUGGCCGCGGAGGUCUUCCCCGCCAAGAAGCCGUCGGCGACCACCACGGUCCAGCAGUACCAGCAGCAGAACCUGAACAACAACAACACCAUCCAGAGCAGCAACUGGCAAGGGCUGUACCCCACCAUUCGAGAGAGGAAUGCGGUCAUGUUUAACAACGAGCUGAUGGCAGACGUUCACUUCGUGGUCGGGUCACCUGGGGGAACGCAGCGGUUGCCUGGACACAAAUACGUCCUGGCCGUGGGAAGCUCGGUGUUCCACGCCAUGUUCUACGGAGAGCUGGCUGAGGAUCAGGAUGAGAUCCGUAUUCCGGACGUGGAGCCGGCGGCGUUCCUGGCCCUGCUGAAGUACAUAUACUGCGAUGAGAUCGACCUGAGCGCGGACACAGUGCUGGCGACCCUUUACGCCGCCAAGAAGUACAUCGUGCCCCACCUGGCGCGGGCCUGCGUCAACUUCCUGGAGACCAGCCUGAGCGCCAAGAACGCCUGCGUGCUGCUGUCGCAGAGCUGCCUGUUCGAGGAGCCCGACCUGACGCAGCGCUGCUGGGAGGUGAUCGACGCCCAGGCCGAGCUGGCGCUGCGGUCCGAGGGCUUCUGCGACAUCGACGCCCGCACCCUGGAGAGCAUCCUGCGGCGGGAGACGCUCAACGCCAAGGAGCUGGUGGUGUUCGAGGCGGCGCUGAGCUGGGCCGAGGCCGAGUGCCAGCGGCGGGAGCUGCCGGCGUCCAUCGACAACAAGCGCAAGGUGCUGGGCAAGGCCGUCUACCUGAUCCGCGUGCCCACCAUGGCGCUGGACGACUUCGCCAACGGCGCGGCGCAGUCGGGCGUGCUGACGCUCACCGAGACCAACGACAUCUUCCUGUGGUACACGGCGGCCAAGAAGCCCGAGCUGCAGUUCGCCAGCGAGCCGCGCAAGGGGCUGUCGCCGCAGCGCUGCCACCGCUUCCAGUCCUGCGCCUACCGCAGCAACCAGUGGCGCUACCGGGGCCGCUGCGACAGCAUCCAGUUCGCCGUGGACAGGCGCGCCUUCGUGGCCGGCUUCGGGCUCUACGGGUCCAGCUGCGGCUCGGCCGAGUACAGCGCCAAGAUCGAGCUCAAGCGGCAGGGCGCGGUGCUGGGCCAGAACCUCAGCAAGUACUUCUCGGACGGGUCCAGCAACACCUUCCCGGUGUGGUUCGAGCACCCCGUGCAGGUGGAGCCCGACACCUUCUACACGGCCAGCGUGGUGCUGGACGGGAACGAGCUCAGCUACUUCGGGCAGGAGGGCAUGACCGAGGUCCAGUGCGGGAGGGUCACCUUCCAGUUCCAGUGCUCCUCGGACAGCACCAACGGGACGGGCGUCCAGGGAGGGCAGAUCCCGGAGCUCAUCUUCUACGCUUGAUCCCGCCCCCCAGCCCGCCCACGCCACGCCCCGCCCACCGCUCCCGUUUCUCAUGUCCAUCGGGCUUUGCGCUAAAAAAACUUCCGGAUUAUUUUACGUUGGAACUAUUCCUGGGAGUAUUCAGGCCGCACUGGGUACCAGGCAGGCCUAGUCUGGUACCCAGAAAUGCUGAAGUUCUUUUACAAUCACCAUUCGGACCAAAUAUUGUGUUUUUUACCAUAUGAUACAAUGGGCUGAGUUAUCCCUUAAAUUCUACCAACUUUAAUUGUAUGCAAUGUGAUGAGCAAGUUGGCAGGAUUGGUAUACACUCAUUUGACCAAACAAAGUGAUUUUCUUACGAUUGAAAAAGGCAUUGGAGUAUACAAAACGCUGGUAACUAUUCUCAGCUCAACAAUGUCAUUGAAAGAUGGUGUAAGACAUUAUUUGCUUUUGAUUCAAUAUCAGAUUGUGCAUUUGUGUACAUAGAUAUGAAAGGUUUAAUGUGUGCAACAACUUUAUGGCUGCUUGUCCUGAAUUUGUAAUUAAUGUUCGAUAUAGGCAAACUUGUAAGAUGAUGGUCUAUCUCCUAUGUGUUAAUGCUUACAAGGGAAGCACAUGUUUAGUGCAGCAAUACCAAACAGCAGCUUUAAAGACUUCUCAUCGCUGUGCUUAUCGCAUAUCCAUAAAUGCUGUUUUAAUGACUUUGAAAAAGCAAUCCUGAUAUUUAACACCAAAGUGUUCGCCUCUGAAGUCGCAAUUAUGUUUCUAUUUGCUCCCUACAAGAACACAAGGCGCAUUUUGAUUACACACAUAUUGGAUAUCUGGAUUAUUACCUGCAAUUUAAUUAACAACUUUGAGAAGUCAUGAAUGGGUGAAAAUUGGCUUGUGUAUUAGAGUUUGAACACUGCAGAAAAUGAGAUCUGCAGAUGGAAUCUGUGCCCGCCGCUAACUGGAAAAUGGCCUGCAGAAGCGUGUGACUGCCUCCAUCCACACAAAUUGAUGUGUUAAGGUCCACUGUGCUUCCAUUAUAAAUCUCUCCCGUGGCCAGAUGCUGGAUGCUGUUUAUCCGUCUCCAUUCAAGGUUAUCUCAUUAUACUCAUAUUAAAAUCUUUAUUUAUUUAUUUAUUUAUUUAUAUUUACUUUUAUUUAUUUAUUUAUUUAUUUAUUUAUUUAUUUUCCAGGUCUUGGUUUGUUCAAGACUUAAGUAAUCAUUCAUUGCUUUUUGUCACAUUUGAAUAUUUAUUUCUGUUCAGACUUUUAGCUAACAGGCUACAGUUUUAAUAAUUUAAGCUUAGAAGGCUGUGAAAGUGUUCACACGGUCCAUGUGUCUUCUUCCUGUGUUGGUAAAGCUUUAGUCAGCUUUAUGCAUUUUUUCAUUUCACCUUCGUGAGGUGCAGUUACAAAGGCUGACACAACUUAAGCUCUUUGUGUAUUUAUUCUUGUCUCUUUCGUUUUUUGUUGUUUUGUUUGUUAAAUAUGCAGUGGAUUGCCAUUCUCUCGGACCCGAAAUGAAUAUGAUUGACAAAACCAUAAAAGUAAUCGACUGGAAAAUGAAAACAACUGUGUGUACUGUUUACAAUGGUUUGGCUUGUGCAUUAACAUGUAGUGUUUUGCAGCCUAAGAAUGAAUAUUUUGCACUCUAUAGAGUAUUGCUUCAUGGCUUUAACACUCUUGAUGUAUAUUUGUCCAAUAUAUCAGUAUGUACAGUAAAAUGUUGCUUAUAUUGUAUGUAUGUUUUUUUAUUUCAUUUGUGAAAGUGAAAAAGCAGCUUUUUGAUUUUCUCCUGAUAGCGCAUCUCUCUCUCUGAACCGGAGAGUCGUUCGUCAUCAGCGGUGAAGAGGAGGAGGAGGAGGGAGAUGGGGCAAGGAUGAAGGACACCGCGGCGAAUGUUUCCGUGCUGCACGUCCGUGUGCUGCCUGUAGACCCUUGAAUGUGUACGACAGUUGCAAACGAAAAUAAAACCGCUGGUUACGUAAAUGA